UUUUAUACAAGGCAGGCAGUGCGAAUCCAAGCUUUUUACCGUGGGCGCGCCACGCGAAAGGGCUAUGAACGUCUUCGAGCGGCUGCGCACGUACUGCAGUGCCUUUUCCGCAUGCUAAUAUGGCGACGGUGGUUUCUCGGAUUGGGUGCCAGCACGAAUGUUCUGCAGAAGCAUUGGCGACGCUGGUGGCUAAAGCAGACUGCUCAGAUGGCAAUGGAAGGCACCGCCUUCGACUUUGUGGAAGGCGACUACGUCGAAAUGCUUGAUUACGAACAGCAAGAUGGCUCCGAAGAAACGAAGGUACAACAACUUUCACUUUUCAUAUACGAAGCAAGACACAAAUGCCACGAACACCGUAGAUGAUGUUGAUGGGGGCUUCUUCUUCUACUUGUGAGUCGCGUUUUGCCUAGCUAGGAUAAUAUUGCUAGUUGAGCUGGUGGUAAUUUGAAUUUCAUUAUGAUCCGGAAUUUUCAAUUUUGAAACAAGCACAGGUCGAAGAAAGCAACAACGUCUCAAACAAUACCAAUACCGCUCCAACUCUUGGUGGUAUUCCUGUGGGCUCUAUUCGAGUGCUUGGUCUGCAAGGGCAGUCUCGCUCGCGCCUAGCUGCCUUUCGCACAACGCUGGAGAGGCUGAAUACCAGCACAACGUUCCAUCCCAUUGAUCUUGUUCUCGGUGAUAAGCGCUCCCUGGCGCUCUGUUACCAGUUUCCACCCAGCAAAUCAAGCGAGGGCACAGUUGUAC